AUGAGGUGCUUAUGUUUGCGUGCAAUGGCUGUCACUUACGGCCGUCAUCACAUGACAAUAGGACCUUUUGAAGAUGCACGACAUUUUGUCAACAUGCUCACCAAAUGUACCAAUGCAGCAGAACGAGACCAUUUUAUUCUGCUCAUUUCAAAAUUGGUUCUGAACAAAGAGAAUGUGCGUGAGCUAAUCGGUUCUUCACUUCUUCCCAUCCUAGUCGAUCUGGCUGCUCUGGCUCAUCUUCAUGUUCAACGGGCAAAAAUUCAAAAUCAGACAAAUGUGAUUGAAGCAAGUGCAGAUCAAAUCUCCGAGGGGAAUUCAGCUGAGUGGUACUAUGCGACCAGUGAGAGCAGCAAGGAACGAUCUGGACCUUUUUCUUUUGAAAAGAUGAAAACGCUGUACGCAGAGAAAAAGAUAUUUGAAAAAACUGCGGUAUGGGCAGCUGGAAUGGAAAAGUGGGAACCGCUCAGUAAAGUACCACAGUUCCGGUGGACUGUGUGCUUGGGACAUCAGCAGGUAUCCACGCUGCUCAAUCGUAUUGUGUUCACGAUUGUCCAGAUUUUCGGUUUUUUGGUGGAAGAAUUACGCACAGCGCGUUUCACCGAGGUGGACAACAUAGUUGGAUAG